AUGAAGGUGCACUGGGUCACUCGAUUAUUAAUAUAUAGUAUCAUCGCCACGUUCGUGGGCCCCUUCUACGACAACUGGAGCAGCACUGAGAAGUAUCUGUACCGGCAGGGUGCGUACAUCGAUGCAUGCGUGACAGCGCCGCCCGAGUCGGCGGUGCAGGACACGUGGUACUGCGAGGAGCAACGCCAGAAGCUGAGCUUGCUGCUGCCCAUCAGUCGGGUGGCCGAGUGCUUUCUGAGCGUCGUUAUCGGCAUUUUCAUGGACCACGUCGGCCCGCGGCUGACGGCGGUGGUCGGCGUGGUGCUGCGCGUCAUCGGCUGGACGUUGAUGGGCUUCGCGGUGAGCGCGAAGGGCGGGCUGAUUGCCGCGUUCUUCAUCACCGGGCUGUCCACCAACUUCAUCGUGUUCCCCGCGUUGACCAUCGGGAUGUACAACGAGCGCUUCCGAUAUGUAUCUGUGCUCGUCAUCGGCAUGUUGGGCGGCUUCGCGUCGAUGCUGAUGAAGCUGAAGCUGAUGAUGCUGGAGUACGAGUUGCUCACGCCGCAGCAGCUCAACUACCAGUAUACGAUAGUGUUCAUCAUACCGUCGCUGCUGCUGUGCAUCUUCUUCAUGCCCGGCAAGCUGGAAAGCGUCAACGCGCCAACGACGAAAGCACUCGCUCCGGAUGCACCCACAUCGGAUCUACCAACAACAGAAGCGCCCACUACGGAAGCGCCUGUGACGGAUGCGCCAACAUCGGAUGCACUCACGACAGAAGUGACUACGACGGAUGCGCCAACAUCGGAUGCACUCACGACAGAAGUGACUACGACGGAUGCGCCAACAUCGGAUGCACUCACGACAGAAGUGACUACGACGGAUGCGCCAACAUCGGAUGCACUCACGACAGAAGUGACUACGACGGAAGUGACUAUGACGGAAGCAAUCACGACAGAAGUGACUACGACGGAUGCGCCAAUGGCAGAAGUGCCCACUCCUGAAGCACCCACAUCGGAUGCACCCACAUCGGAUGCGCCAACGCCGAAGGUGAAAGACAUUGCCGAGACCACAACUGCAGUGGACGGCACGUCAAUCAAUAUGAUACUGGACGACCUGGUCCAGGGUGCUGAUGUGAAUAUCGACAUUGCCGAGUGCCACGCCGAGAAAACCCCGUCGGACGCGACUGCGGCGCCCCAGUGGACCGUGAAGGGGCUGCUGUACACGCUAACGCGCAAGGAGGUGAUCGCGUCGCUAUUGUACUUCGCGUUCAACUUCAGCAGCAUCACCUACGUGCAGCAGACGCUGACCCUGAUGCACAAGGAUAACCCGCAGCUGGUCACGCUGAGCGAGUACAUGAUCCAGCUGUCGGCGGUGCCAUGCCUGGUUUUCGCCGUGCUCUACAUGUACGUCGACCCCAUCUGGAUCCUGAUCGCCAUGAACUCCGUGGGGAUACUGAUGCACCUGCUCCUAACGAGCUCGAACUACUACGCCGGGGUGUUCCUCUGCAUCGCCAUCAUGAGCACGUACAGCAUCAUCAACACCCAGGUCUACAACUACCUGGACAGCGUGUUCGAUGCGACCUACAUGGGCUCCAUCGUCGGCGCGCUCAACACGAUGUGCGGGAUAUGGAUGCUCUCGCAGGCGCUGAUCGUGGAAUCACUGAUGAGCCAGAAGGCAAUCAUUGUAACGACGAGCAUCAUGGCAGCGUUGCGGCUGGUGUUCCUGGCGCCCUUCUGCAUAUUCGUCGCGCUGCGCUUGUGGGAUAACGCUGCGGAAAGCGAAGAAAGUUGCCCAGGCGUUGUGAGCCCGAAGGUUGUGGCGAGUGUACCACUGGAAAGCGUCGCGGAAGGCAUCGUUCCGUAA